AUGGCGUCGACUUCCGAUAUCAACAAGAUCGCAAUGAUCGGGUGUGGUGCUAUGGGUGGUGGCAUGGCAUUGUUGUUCGCAGAGAACGGUUGCGAUGUUUUCCUGCGGGACCCGUCAAGCGAAGCGAUGAGUAAAGUGCUGGAUCAGGCGAAGAAGGAUAACGUUUCCGAGAAAAUUUCCAAGUAUCAGGAUAACGAGUCCCUAUGCAAGGCCUUUGGCAGCAGCACAAAAGUGUUCUUCUGGUCUUUGCCACAUGGUCAGGUUGGCGACACGGUGCUCGACGGCCUCAUGCCAUACCUGAAGAAGGACGACAUCAUCAUCGACUGCGCCAAUGAGCACUGGGAGAACACCGAGCGUCGGAUCGGCAAGACAACAGCCAAAGGCAUUCGAUACGUCGGCAUGGGUGUCAGCGGAGGGUAUCAGGCAGCCCGGCGAGGACCGUCCAUGUGUCCUGGCACCGACAGCCAGACCUUCGACAUCGUUCUGCCGCUUCUCCGCAAGGCUGCUGCGAAGGCCCCUGAUGGCUCUCCAUGUGUCGGCCGCAUCGGAACGGGAGGUGCAGGCCACUACACCAAGAUGAUCCACAACGGCAUCGAACACGGCAUGAUGUCUGCCAUCUGCGAGGCUUGGGCCAUCAUGAAGAAAGGCCUGGGUAUGAGUGAGGAUGAGGUUGGGGAUGUGUUCAACCGCUGGAAUGCCAAGGGCGAGCUCCAAGACCUCCGUCUCGCCACCUACGCCGCCUGCCUCGCCUCCUACAUCCAAGGCCUGAACAUCAUCGCCGCAGCCGACGCCCAAAAACACCUCAACGUCGACUACCCCCAACUCCUCCACAUCUGGCGCGCCGGCUGCAUCAUCCAAGCCGACUACAUCUCCACCAAACUGCUGCAGCCGCACUACCGCACCUCCCCGGCCACGAACCCCCUCUCCGCGGCCCCCAUCGCCCACGACCUCCGGAAAUCCUUCCCCUCGCUGAAAAACGUCGUGGUCAAAGCCACCGAGGCGGAUCAUGUCGUGCCGUCGCUGUCGGCGACGUUGGAAUACCUCAAGUUCAUGACGAGCACGGAUCUUCCGACUUCGUUUCAGGAGGCGCAGUUGGAUUAUUUUGGGAGACAUAUGUUUGAUGUCAAAGGGGAGGAUGUGGAGGGGUUGCCGAGGCUUGGGGUGAGGCAUUAUGAGUGGAAGGAGGCGUGA